UGCUUAGUUACAGUAUUUCUACAUCAAGACGUUGGGCUGAUGUAAUUUCGGCAAUUUCCGCAACUAUACAGAUAAAGUUCAAGCCACGCGGCCGGCAUCCACCCACCAAAUACUUUCAGUGUCGAGCCCGACAACUUCAAGACUUCAAGAUGGUUCGCUAUGCUGCCGCUGCCACUGCUACGAACCCCGAAAAAACUGCCCGCGCACGGGGCGAGUACCUACGAACGCACUUCAAGAACAUGCGGGAGGUCGCCGCUGCUCUCACCGGACUGAAACUGGCCAAGGCUUACACGUACCUUGCUGACGUCCAGGAGCACAAGCAGAUCAUUCCUUUCAGGCGAUUCUCCGGUGGUGUUGGACGGGCAAGCCAGGCCAAGCAGUUCAAGGCAACUCAGGGCCGAUGGCCGGAAAAGUCUGUCAAAUUCAUUCUGCGCCUAUUGAAGAAUGCCGAAUCCAAUGCGGAUGCUAAAAACAUCGAUGUUGAGGACCUCACCAUCAAGAACAUCGUCGUUCAACAGGCUCCCAAAACCCGCCGCCGUACCUACCGUGCCCAUGGUCGUAUAAACCCUUACCAGGGACACCCUACGCAUGUUGAAAUCAUCCUUACUGCUUCCGAUGUCGAGGUUGAGAAGGCUUCCGAAAAGGCUGGUGUCUCACUGGUUGGACUAAACAGGCGGCAGGUUGCUAGAAAGAGGAUUGAAGCUGCUCGUGCUUAGAUGCAUGUUCGUCCUUUCCUGCUCGCCGAUGUACUUAGGCUAUGCACUAUGCGAUUUUAUGAGAUGGCCGAAAGUAGCACGUGUCGCUGACGGUGA